AUGACUGUGCCACUCUGCACUGCUGGCUCGUCCUCGCCGUCUCUGCGGUGCGUGGAGCGGCGCCGCCCCCGGUCGCUGCUGGAGCUGCACAAGCGGCGGAAGGCGCUGAGCGAACCCGAGGUGCGCUACUACCUGCGCCAGACCAUCCUGGGCUGCCAGUACCUGCACAGCCACCGCGUCAUCCACCGCGACCUCAAGCUGGGCAACCUCUUCCUCAGCGACGAGAUGGAGGUGAAGAUCGGUGACUUUGGCCUGGCCACCAAAGUGGAGUAUGAUGGCGAGCGUAAGAAGACCUUGUGUGGGACCCCGAACUACAUUGCCCCAGAGGUGCUGGGCAAGAAGGGGCACAGCUUCGAGGUGGACAUCUGGUCCAUCGGCUGCAUCAUGUACACCCUGCUGGUAGGGAAACCGCCUUUCGAAACCUCUUGUCUAAAGGAAACCUACAUCCGAAUCAAGAAGAACGAAUACACCAUCCCCAAGCACAUCAACCCCGUCGCUGCUAACCUCAUCCAGAAGAUGCUGAGGUCCGACCCUGCCACGCGCCCGACUAUCGACGAGUUGCUCAACGACGAGUUCUUCACGACAGGAUACAUCCCCUCCCGCCUGCCCACCAGCUGCCUCACCGUCGCGCCUCGGUUUUCAAUUGCUCCCAGUGGGCUGGAGCUGAACGGGCGAAAGCCGCUGACUGCGCUCAACAAAGGACCAGACAGCCCUGCACUGGAGAGCUUGCCUGAAAAAGCUGAUGUGGCAGGGCUGCAGGAGCUGGGGGACGCUGUUGACUGUCACCUGGCCGACAUGCUGCAGCAAUUGACUGCAGUCAACUCAGUCAAGCCGUUCGAGAGAGUCGUCGUGAGACAAGAGGAGGCUGAAGACCCAGCCUGCAUUCCUAUCUUCUGGGUUAGCAAAUGGGUGGACUACUCAGACAAAUAUGGUCUGGGUUAUCAGCUGUGUGACAACAGUGUUGGAGUUCUCUUCAAUGACUCCACUCGUCUUAUUAUGUACAAUGAUGGGGACAGCUUGCAGUACAUCGAGCAGAACAGCACAGAGUCCUUCUUCACUGUGAGAUCCUAUCCCUCUGCCCUGAACAAGAAGAUAACACUAUUGAAAUACUUCCGGAACUACAUGAGCGAGCACCUGCUGAAGGCGGGCGCCAACAUCACCCCUCGCGAGGGUGACGAGCUGGCCCGCCUGCCCUACCUGUGCACGUGGUUCCGCACCCGCAGCGCCAUCGUCCUGCACCUCAGCAACGGCACCGUGCAGAUCAACUUCUUCCAGGACCACACCAAAGUCAUCCUGUGCCCCCUCAUGGCUGCUGUCACAUACAUCGAUGAGAAACGGGACUUCCGCACGUACAAGCUGAGCCUCAUCGAGGAACACGGCUGCUGCAAGGAGCUGGCCAGCCGGCUCCGCUACGCCCGCACCAUGGUGGAGAAGCUCCUCAGCUCCAAGUCUGGCUCAGCCCGCGUGAAACCCUCUGUUUAGGCCUUGGUUUUGGAGGACUUGACAUCUGUGCCAACCCGUUCCAGCUGCGGCCAAGGGGGGCUAUAGUAGCAUCCCUGCUU